CUUGCUGAAUCAACCCGCCGUAAUAAUGAGCUAUCCUUGUCUAGUAAGCGCCAGGACAAGACUAUGGCCAGACCAGAAUUGCUUGACAGUAAGUCUGCUGAUUCAGUAAACAACAAAAUCCCUGCCCUAUCUCAUGGUGACCAUCAUUUGCGUUCAGGGAGAGUUCUUCGAGACUUUGUGGAUAUUCAACCAAGAGCGAUUCCAAAUAACGAGCGAAAAAUGAAAAGUGAUGCACUUGGUAUAGAGCAAGAAAGACUAAACAUCAAGGCAAUGCAUUCCAGUACAAGCCCAACGUUUAGUAACAAGUUACCAAAAGCAACAACCUUUGCUUACGAAUUUAAAAAGAUAAUGACCAAAAAGAAUAAAAGGGAGGAAACAGGAUUAAAGAAGAAUAAGAUGAAAGGCGAAAAGAAAGCCGAGUUUAUUUCGCCCUUGGACUUAUCUCCCGACAGAUUUAUUCCUUUACAGAAUGAAACAGAUUUUGUCAUUCCUUUAGUAUCAAGGAAGUCAGUGAUGAAUGAUCCUGUGAAGCGUCUUGGAACGCAACUUGAUUUAAUGUAAUAU